UGUUGUUGCUAGCGACGUAUUUUUAGCAGGUGCGUGCCAAAAAAAUGUCAUAUAUCUCAGAUAACGCAUCGGAGGUGGAUCCCGAAUUAAGGGGCAGUGUUGACUUUAAUUUCUUUGACUCACCUGAAAAGGUUGAUACGUCCGAAAAAAUGACAAACGGCGGUGGAAACCGUGAUGAAAACUCGGUUGGGAACGGUGUUGUUGAUAAACAACAUGGCGGACAAGGUGAUCACAAAAAUGACGGCCACAGACACAGACGACGUGACAGUCGCAGUGAUGAUGAUUACAGUGACGACAGUUUUUCUGACUCCGGUUCAUGCACAUCUGGCUGCAGUCAGAGGAGUGUGUCAGAUAGUAGGUCGCGAUCAAGAUCACGCUCUUCAUCCCCAAGCCCAAGACACAAAAACAUUUUAGAUGCCAAAGCUGCUGCUGAGCCUGAUGCAGAUGAGCUGGGAUCCCAUCAUUCACGGUCGCGACAUAGCAGCUACAGCUCCAGAAGUCGCUCACGAUCGCGAUCGUCUUCUUACGACAACAACUCGAGGACAAGGUCAUCUCAGUAUUCGCAGUCGAAGGAAUCGUUAAAGAUAGAAUUGCCUGAUGCUGAUGGCAAUAGUGAUAACGACAAGAAAAAGGCUCGUCUCAGAAGUUAUUCCGGCUCCGAGUCUGAUGAUAGUGACAUGACAGAUGUAUCGCCUUUGAAUUCGCGAGAGCCAAGCCCAAGUGCUUCACCAAGACAAGCGGUUCACGGCUCGAGUAAGGAGCACAGAUCUCAUGGGGGUAGACCACCUCGCUCGCCGAUGUAUAAAGAAAAAGGUCAGAGGCGAGGAAUCGGGGAGACGAGCACGAUUGACAGGGAAGACAUUGACUUUGAUUUACUCAUGCAGGCAGUAAUAGAAAUGGAUAAAGAUCGAAUGCGCUCUGGUCCCAGUGGGAAAAAAGUCAUGUUUAUUCCUCCUCACAUACGGAAGAAGAUUGAGAAGAAUUACUCCUUUGCCAGCGAUAAAAUAUCGGAUAUUGAUCGAGAGAAUCAGAGACUUCUCCAGGAGAUUAUGCGCCAAAAUCAGGGAAGGGGAACAAGGGGCUCAGGGAAUGAGCCAACUAGGAAUCAGAGAAUGAGCCACUCUGCGGUCAACAGGCGUCGAGAACAGAGAAGAGUUGAGGAAGAAAACUUGUCGCGUCCAAGUUCAUCGAGCAUCAAUAGGAGAAAACAAAUGCAAAAGAUUGAAAGUGAAAAUCUGAAAAUCCUCAAUCGUCUACAGCAGGUAAAGCCGUCCAAGGGAUUGUCACGCAACGACCAGAUAAAAGAUUACACGCGGCAGGUGACGUACGGUGUACCAAUGACAGGAUCGCCAAGUCGCAGACCAACCAGUGGUUAUGCUCGUAGCACAAGCAAUUCAUCCUGGGAUGGUGAUGAAGGAGCGCAGAGUUUGGUCAGUUAUGAAUCAAGUCCCAGCCAGAAAGUCCGUCCAAUCAGUGCUAAAGUUCGGCCGCAGAGCGGCAGAGUACGACCGCAGAGUGGAAAAAUGAAUCGGCCAAUCAGUGCCAAGGUUCGGGCAAGUCAGCGUCCUGACUGGGACGACCGGUGGUAAACUCUCGAUCUUAGCAGAGAGUAAAACAAAACACUACAUAUCGUCAUUAAAACCCAUCCUGAGGAAAUCGGGGGUUGAUGUUCACUUCUCACUUUGUUCUCCCGCCCUGCACACAGGCCAGAGACAUUCGCCCUCAUUUUGUGAAGCACAGACGUACAUCACCUUUGAGACGGCAUCCGAGAUUUAACUGCCAACCUUGUUCCCAGUACCAUACUUCUAUUGAUUUGUUUGAAUAGAUAUCGCACUCUGAAAUCUUAGAAUCGAGGUUGCAUUGCGCACCUUGAAGGAGACAGUGCUUUUUUUUCCGUCAGCAUGAUAAAACAAUCUGUGAAAAUGUGAGUUUGGAUAUUAUUGCUAAAAACGUUGUUGAAGUCCUAGACUCAAAUGUAAGCAAGCAUUGAUUGGCCAGCGCAAUUACACAUACUUUUGCCUUGGCACUUCGACAAAUGAGGUUGAAUUUCGCGGGGGUUUUUUGUGUAGGGCUGGAGAAGCGAUUUCCUCAGGAUGUCAUAACCAUGACAUUGCCUUAUCCAGAGUCUGAAUGUGAUUGCUAAAUUGUAGGCCAUGCCACAUCGAAUCUCGGUUCUUCUUUAUUUAUUCUGUUAAUAUGAUGUCAAGCUUGCUCAUUUCAACUUCAUGGGGUCAAACUCCACAAUUAUCAAUUGCUUAGAGACUAGGAUUUCUUGGUAAUAUAUAUCAGGGCGGCUGCUUCCGAUAUAUUCGUUAUUAGCACUAGCAGUCUUAACAUGACAAUGCAUGAUGUCUAGAAACACAUUCCAAGUCAGGCUUGAUAAUAGAGACUUUUGGCAAGUUAAAAAUUCCUAUUUCAUAUUCCUAUCGAUUUUACAUAUGCACAAUGUUGAUGGGUGAAAUGAAAAUGAUUCUUUCAUGUAACUUCUGAGGAAUUUUCGUGUUGUUAACAUGUAAAUCGGUGUCCCUAUCUCAUAUCACGUAUCAAGAUUGUGCAAGAUGUGAAAACACCAUACGUGACAACAAUUUGGAUAUACGUGAUAUGAAAUUCAUUUCUUGAAUCACCCGCCCAAAAGUUACAUAUCAAAUACAAUAGAGUACUCGAAUUAUUUGGACACAGUGACUCCACUUUCAAAGAUCCGACAAAAUUUUGCUUGUCCGAGUUACCACCCGUGUCUUUUGUUGUUCUACAAAAUACACUUUUGAGCUAAAAAAACGAAUGUGUCAUUUUUGUUCGGUGUGACACAAUAGUAUUAUGGCAACUACUCUAAAGCUAAAACUUAAACCUACAAGUAUAGCGUAGGUUGUUACAUGCUUUCAUAUUUUCCAAGCUGGGAUUAAGAGCUUAUGAGAUUUGUUAAGAUUAAUUCCUUCUGAAAAGGCCUAUAAAAGGCCUAUGAAUCAGGUUGCUACAGGCUUCAGAUUUUUUUAUGCUGUGAUUAAAAAGUUUAGAUUGGUUUAUCUGGUCUUUGGGUCGUACAGACAACAAUUGUCAAUCGUUGCCAAAUUUUUCUAAGGAUUAAGUCAAGAAUAAGAUCAGCAUUUUGUAAAGUUCAUUGUCAAGUUUUAUUUCAUGACAAAGAUUAGGAAACAUAAAUUUUUCGACUCGUUCAUAAGACCAAAGAUUUUCUUUUGUGAGUAAUUUUCUUUUCUGGUUGAAAUAGCUAAUCUGGAAAUAACUUUAAAAAGGCCUGAGGGAAAUGGUUUCUGGUGAUGUCAAGUAAAGUCUAUCACAAAAAAUUGUGGUAGAAUUUACUUGUUCAUGGGCGUUUUAUUUUAGCGAUGAUGAUUCGCAUGACAGCUUUCAGUGGCCUCUUUCUGAUAGUAUCAUUAAAGGCCUACGCCGUUCGUUAAAAAUGUUGAAUUUGUAAUUGAAUUUAAAAAUGUCCAAUUGCGAAAAUACAUACUAAAUAUAAAUUUCAACAUUACCGUUGUGUAGACUGAUAUUCAAAUACUAUGAAUACCAAGUUUAAACAAAUUUGUAUUCACAAUAACUGCACUACGGCAUUGUGUGUUAGUGGAUUUCUAUUUAACUGGACCACACGUAAUUACAAACGACGUUCCCCUUUAAGGAUAGCUUUUUUGUAAUAAAUUGUCCCUGACUAAGAAUUUGUUGACAAUAAUUUUUAUGCCGGCAACAUGCUGCGUGUUGUGUCCAAGCAAUACACAUGUAGGGUUCAGUUCAAUCUCAUUCUGUAAUGUUAGCACAAGAAAAAACAUCUUUGUAUUGAGUGUGUGAGCACGUGUCUGACCACUGUUAAUAUUAGUACUUGUUGGGUGGCGAAUACAUAAUCAUUUCAGUUUGUUUAGGAACGACAAACUUCGAUGUAUUGAGGGUAAUAAAUACCAAGUUCAAUGGGUGAGCAGAAUAUUUUUUUAGACUGACAUGAAAAUGUUGGACUUGAUCGAAAUCUCACGACUGAUCACACAGCUCGUACUAAAUACCAACAAAUUUUUGCCUGUGUUAUUUUUCUCCAUGCCGACUUAUCGGCGAUGAAUAUCAGUCCUAAAGUCUCCUCAGACAUACGCACAACGACGGUGGAUCGGCAUGUUUUUCUCAAGGAUUGGCAAAUAUCUGAGAUUAGUGAAGAAAAAAAAUCACCAAAAAAAAUUUUGGGUCGGAAAAUCAAAAGAAAUCUUAAUCUGCCAUAAUAAAAAUUGUGAAAAUUUAAGUUUUCUCAGAAAAUUUGCGAAUUGCCGACGUUAUGUUGGAAUAUGGAGUCACAGUGUCAAAAUAGUCUAGUCCGCUAGGCAUGUGAACUGGUAGGCCAACUUGUUGCUGGCUGUGCCUAAUUGUUGCCAUUAUUGUCUUUCUUUAUCACCAAAAUCUUUCGGACAAUUGUCCAUUGAUAUGUACUUCUCAAAUCGUCCACAGAAUAUCUCUGACCGACAUUUUUUUGUACAUGUAUAUAAACUCAUGAACUGUUUAUGUUACCAAUAGAAGUAACAUGCAUUGAUAUUGCAGGCCAUCUCGCAUGAUGUGAAAUUGUCAUCUUUCUGAAGAAACCACGCUCGAGUGAUUUUAAAAGUAUAUUUAGAAUGACAAUGGUCUGGCACAUGUUUUGUCUGGGAAGUGUCUGAAUUCAUGGUUUUGUAGAGCUUCAUAUUAAUUGGUUAUGCUUGGGGCACUCAUAAUACCAGUAGACCAAAUUAUUAGCUUCCUUAAGGCCUGCGCUUUAUGGCCAAAUUUUGGUUGACCUAAAAAAACAUUGGAUUGGGUUCGAAAGGUUCUCAGCUUUUGGAAAUGGGCUGUGGUGCUUUGAUCCCCCCCCCCUUUCGCUCUUGACAUAGAAUCUGGUCAAUUCACUAAACAACACACUUCAGUAAGUACAUUCCACUGUGCUCUGUCAGAGUAGUAAAUUCAACCUAAAAAUCCUUGAUACAAGUCUUUAAUAACCAGACUGAUUUCCUCUAGUAUCGUUGCCAGGCAACUGACCCAUUGGUUCAGUAUCAAUGCCAAGGGAAUGUUAUUGGAAAAUCUCAAUAUACAAUAGUGGUAAAAUAUUUUGGUCGUGUCACAUGUGACAACUGUUGUUUUCUUGUCAAUGGUGAUUCUAUUGAGGUUUCCGUUACAACAUCCGUGCAUGUGGGUCAAUAAAUGUCUGGUGAUUGCAGUGAGCCACCUUCUCCCUCAGAGCCUGCUGUACAACAUUUGCAUCAGUGCAAUAAUCGUCUCAUUAAUUCGUCUCAUUAAUUCGUCUCAUUAAUCCUGGGUGUGACUGCUUUAUUGUGGACCUUUGAUGAUGCAGUUCAUCCCAUAAAAAAUGUUAACCCUCUUUUCUCUCGGGUGUUUCAAAUGCCCUCCAAUGAUCUGCUCAUUGAUGGAGCCAAGAUGACGUGUGGUUGUCAAGUGAGGGAAAUAUAGUCAUCCCUGUCAAAAUCUUUGUCAAGCAAAGUACAUGUACCAAGGCAUGUGAUUAGAUUCCGGAAGUAAAGCAGUAUAUUUCCUUGGGCCAUCUGGCAAUAUUCCCAAGCAAAUGCAUAAUGGGUUGUUAUUAAAUGAUCUGAGUUUACAGAGGCAUGGUAACUGAUUGGUCCCACGUGCAUAUAUAAUGUACAGAGGUGUGUUGAUAAUUAUGUGUAAAUAAAUUAGAAAUGAAUAUCGCAAACCCUCCAGUUUGAGAAAUGGUCUGCUGUGAACUGGGUGUACCCUGCGUCCUGGGUACUGACUGACACUGUGAAUGAUUAAAUUUUCGCUCCUACAUUUUUUGUGAUUUUGUGAAAAUUACGAGGUUUAUACAGCAUUUUGCCAAAUCGGUUUUUGUGGAAAACUUAAUAGCCGUCCUCAAAUUGAAUUAUUUUUCCUUCCUCAACUAUUAGUGAUACUAAACUUUUCUGAGAUUCUGUUGUAAAGACCGUCCAAUCUGAUGUUAUGGUGACGGUCUUAUUAAUUAAAGAUGAAACUUUUGAAGGACUCCACGAAAUGUACUUAGAGUGAGAUGUUCUUUCAUUUUGAUACUAGUGCAUUAAAAUUUGGUGGGGUAUUACACCUAUGAGCCCUUUCUCUGGAAACAGAAAAUCUGGUUUUGCCUGAGAUGGACAUAUGUUCCAAAUUUGACUGCUCUUGUACAAUAAUAAUAGAAGUUGUUCCUCAGGUACCCUUAUUUAUGAAUUUGAUUCUAUCAUUUUGUGUCCUUGAUAAUUGAAUCUCCAAUUCUAUUUCUCGAUUGCAUACUGUAAAUAAUCAGCGUAAUCUGUACAUUAUUCCUAUUCUGAGCCUAGAUAUGCGUUAAAAUCUUCAUGUACAGGUGCGACACACUUCUGGUAUCCUCCUUGAUGAAAGAUAUUGUUUGAAGAAUCUGAGUGAAUAAAAAUAUAUAAACCUAU